CACGGCGCGGCAGACGUGGCAGACGGGGCCGCGACGCGACGCGAUUUACGACGCCCCGCGAGCCGCGACAGGGACCAUCGCGGCCGACCGGUGAACGAGUGGGUCUGGGCCGAGCCGUCGACACCCGCCGUCACGUGACGCCGACCUUCGACCGCAGCCACUUCAGCUGACAGGCGGUCAUGUCGAACUACCGAGGAGGCCGUCGCUCCCAGGCCACCUCGGAGGAGGCGAGAACCCCCAUCGCCUGGCAGCACCGCGACCUCAACUACCAGCAGCAGGGCUAUAGCGACCGCUACCGCACAGACCACAUCCGGCGUGGGGCCGGCUCCGUCUCCGACCAGACGUCCAACACGGAGCGAUCGUCGCGCACCAAGCGGUCGACGCGCGAAGCUCCGCCGGUGCAGUACCGCGGCCGGCCGCCGCCCGACUCGGAGAGCACGUCCGGCUCGUCGGAGAGCUCACAGGGCACCAAGGUGCCCACCCACGCCGGACCAGGAGGACCCGCCCUGCACCUAGUGCCGGUGUCGGGCGGCGGCCCGCCGACCAUCCGCUCGGCGCAGUCCGUGCCGCUGCUGCUGCCGGGCCCGGCCGGCCCGCUCACCUGGGACGGCGAGCCGUGCCCCGUGCACCACCACCCGCCGCCGCCGCUGCCCGUCGGCUGCGGCGGCCUCAAGAAGGUCCUGGUCAUCUCGCUGGCCGUCGUCGUGCUCGGCGUGAUCCUCGCCGUGGCGUUGAUCUUCAUCAUAAACUGA